AUGAACUACUACUAUCGAAAUGCUGCCUUCAUUCUUANUAUCGAAUCGAAUCAAUUGACAGAAAUUCCAUGUCAACUUAGUCAAUUACACAAACUGAAAGAGCUUCGAUUUAAAUCCAAUCCUUUGAAAGACAAUCGAUUGAAGAAACUCAUGGAACAAGAUAAAAUCAAACCGGUUUUGGAAUAUUUAGCAAAGCAAUGGACCGAACAACACAAAUCAUCAGCAUCGACAACCGCAAAACCAGCACAACCAAAACAACAACAACAACAAAAAGCGAAACAAAAUGUCGAAAUUCAAGAUAAAAUCGAAAUUUUGCAUUUUGAUCCAGCUGGAGACCUCAAAGGAAGACAAAUUACAUUACUACCAAGAGUAAUCAGUGUUCGACCACAUAUAUUGUGUUGCAUUCUGAGAAACGUUGACUUAGCAACACCAGGAAAUUUGAAGAAGUUUCUCAAUUUGCAAAAUGAACUUCAUGAUGAUAUUUGUCAAAAACGCACCUUGGCAACAAUAGGUACACAUGAUUUAUCAUUAAUCUCUGGAGAUUUGGUUUAUGAUGCUCGCAAUCCGGAUGAUAUUGGUCUAGUACCACUUGGCAAAGGUCCGAAACUGGUCUCUGCACGUGAUUUUUACGAUCAGUUGUGUCGCGAUGCAGAACACGAAAGAAAACUAAAGAAGCGAAAUCAAUUAUCAGGUCUUCACAAAUAUUUGACAUUAUUGGAAGAUCAAAAUGAGUUUCCGUGUUUGUCCGAUCAAGAUCGUUACGUGAUUUCGCUUCCACCAUUGACAAAUGCUGAACGAAGUAAAUUAAGUCCGACAAGUGACUCGAUCUUCGUUGAAAUUACAUCUGGUCAUUCAAUGGAUAUCUGCCGUCGUGUCAUGGAUGCAUUUCUUCGACAGGUGCUCGAAAAUCAAUUAGGAAAGAAGGCGAAUGAAGAAGAGAAAACUUUUCGACAAGUUUUAACUUUACAACAAACACGUGUUGUUGAUGACAAAGGACAAUUAAAGACCACUUUUCCUUCUCGUACCGAUCUCGAUUGGAAUGAAGUAUCUCAAGGAAAAAUUUUUAUUGAAAGAUUAUCAAAUGAAAAAUAA